UCUUGUAUUUGUUUGUUGUGCAUUAUUGUUUUCGUGUUAAGUCAGUCUUUUUCAAAUGAUAAUAAAUAUGUAAGAUAUUAUAUAUAAUCGUUGAAUUUGUAUCAAUUGGCAGCUAUAGUGAGUAAUCUGCCAUUGGAUAACGUAAAAAUGUUCCACAACUUAUUAGCACGCUUUAUGAGAUCUGUACUUCGUGUUCGGAUUGUGCUGGUGAUUUUAAUGGUGUUCACGAUACCAUUGUUGAUAUAUAUUAUAUUUAAAUCAAAUGUGGAUAUAAGGUAUUGCUAUAUAAAUUCAGAGAUGCCCGAAAUGGUUGCAUAUACUGACCCAUCUGUUGGCAAUACUGUCCCCCAAUUGUUGGAGGAUGUACUUAUAGCAGAACUGAAACCAAAGCCGGGACGCAGUAUAUUCUUUCAUGAGACUAGCUGCCGACAGUUAGCGAAACCUUUAAACACACAUAUUAAUUUAGUCGAAUUAAACGCUCGUCAAGCUUGCGCCAUUGAGUCUGCCGCACUACACAAUCCAAAUUUAGAUGUAUUUGUUUUAUUUGCUAGUCCAACAUACCAAACGAACCAAACUCUUCAUCAUCCUGUUAUCAAAGCUUUACUGUCCUACCCAAAUAUAUUUUUACGGAAUUUAAAUAUGUGGACAUAUGCUGCCAAUACGCCUAUACAUGAAUGGUUUCUCGAUGGCGAACUUUUCAAAUCCAAAUAUGUGAUAUCGCACAUAUCAGAUUUUUUGCGAUUUUUAACGUUGUACCGUUGGGGUGGUACAUAUUUGGAUAUGGACAUAAUAAUGUUGCAAACAAUUGAAGACAUAGCACCGAAUUUUAGUGGCGCUGAAUCAGAUAGAUUUAUUGCAGCUGGUGUUAUUAAUUUUGCUCCUGAUGGCUUUGGACAUGAUAUAGCCGCAAAAUGCUUACAUGAUUUUCAAACAAAAUUCGAUGGUAAUGAUUGGGGUAAUAAUGGUCCUGGUGUGAUCACACGUGUCAUGCAAUCAAUUUGUAGCACUGAAAAUAUGGAUCUUUUGGUUAACGAUCGUACUCGUUGCUUGGGUUUUAACGUGUUUUCACGUGAAGCUUUUUAUGCCAUACCCUGGGUAGAUUGGGAAGCCUUUUUUGAUGAAACCUGCCUUGAAGACGUAGAAGCUCGCACACAACAAUCAUAUGUAUUACAUUUUUGGAAUAAGCAUUCGAAAGGCAAGCUUGUAAAGGUUGGUUCGAAUGCACCGUACGCAAAAUUUGCUGAAUUAAACUGCCCAAAAGCUUACGCAGCGGCUGGCGAAUACUUUUAGAACAUCUAAUAUAACGCUAAUACAUAUAACGAAU